GGGGGGACAUAUGGAGAAUAAAUAAAGAUUACGGGGAACGCCACCGUUUGUGAUAUGUACAUCGAAUUGUGUACAUUCGGCAACCGAUUGAUUGUAUUAGGGAUUGUUGCUCUUUUUAGCCAAUUUCGCACAUUGCUUGAUUGCGUUUGCAAGUGGUUCAGUUACUUUACACUGAUCGAUUAGAUUUGUUGCAUUUAAUUUGUAAAAACCCUUGAGCAUGGCUAAAAUUCACGGAACUUGUUUGCAUCUCAUGCAACGGAUGUAUAUUUCCUACGAAGAUAAACGCAUCCUCGCAUAUCUGAUUGGUGGCUUGGCAACGCUUUUCGGAACUGUUAUCUACGGUAUGGUGGCGGCACACAAAUUCGGAGCCCUUGCAGAUGGCGGCUGUCUUUCGUUGUCAUAUGGCAAGUAUCCUGGAAGAUUGUACAAUCUGGAGUUCCCAUUGCUGACAGUGAUGCUGCUGAUAUACUACGCCGCAACCUGUGCAUUUUUCUGGGGAAUCGUCAAGGCCCAGUACAUACUGCCAUUCUUCUGCCUUCUGGUGGCCACCAUGGGAUUCAUCGGGCAUGCUCACGUUGAAAGGAUGUUGUUCGAGGUCAGUGAGGACGAGCGAAGGUUCAUUAUUGUGGCUUUUGUGUUUACGACAGCUGUUCUGGUUUUUGCCAGCGCAAUUACAAUGUUGCUGUACCGAGAAAUGAACAAUCUGCGGCGCUACAAGGUGGAGGAGUUUAACGAGCUCUUCGCGCCCGAGGACAAGUAUUGAUGUGAAGCCGUGCCAGCAAAAUUUAUUGCUGAAGCUGCAUGUAUAACAUAUUUAAGUACAAAUAUCUAUUGAAUAUUAUAAGGAUAAUUAAAGUAAGCUGUAUUGAUUUUUUUUUUGUAAAAA